GCCACUAACUUGUUGCCACAUUGGCACCCUUGAUUCUCCCCCAACACUACUUGGUUCACCUCACACUCUCACUCACCUCACUUCACUUCCAACUCAACACAACACAACAUAAACCCACUUCACUUCCCUUCCCAGCUUCCUCCAAACUAGUUCCCCCCUCACACACAUACACAAAGUCACAAACCAACCAAACACACUCUUCACUACUCAUUUCAAACACAACAUGUUGAAGGAAGGCACCAACAACGUUGGUGGCAGCACCAGCAGCUGGUCACGUGUCUGCGACACGUGCCGCUCAGCCCCAUGCACGCUCUACUGCCAUGCAGACUCAGCGUACCUGUGUUCAUCCUGUGAUGCUCGCGUCCACGCAGCCAACCGUGUGGCCUCGAGACACGAGCGUGUGUGGGUGUGCGAAGCGUGCGAGCGUGCUCCCGCAGCGUUUCUAUGCAAAGCUGACGCAGCUUCUCUUUGUUCUUCAUGCGAUGCUGACAUCCACUCCGCAAACGUUCUCGCUAGCCGCCACCACCGCGUGCCUAUUCUCCCCAUCUCUGGGUCCCUCCUCUUCGUUGAUCACGAACCAGAUCAUGAACCCGACAACAACGUCGGGUUCGCGAGCGUUCGUGAGGUGGAAGAGGAGGAAGAAGAGGUUUUUGAUGAGUACGAGGAUGAGGUCGAAGCUGCUUCGUGGCUGUUGCCUCAUCCUGUGAAGGUAAGUAUAGAGGAGGAGAAUGGCUGUGAUGACGAGGGUUUUUUGUUUGGUGAUGAGUAUUUAGAUUUUGACCUUGUGGAUUGUAACUCGUGUGCUCACAACAACACGUUUAGCAACGUUUAUCAGAACCAGCAGAAUUACAAUACUCUCCCUCAGAACUAUGCAGUGGUUCCAGUUCAAGUGCCACAACAAUCGCAGUGUUUUCAACCUGGUUUGGACUUUGACUCUUCAAAAGCUGGGUUCAGUUACGAUGGUUCUCUUAGUCAAAGUGUUUCGGUUUCAUCAAUGGAUGUUGGCGUUGUACCAGAAUCAACAGUAAGCGAAAUCUCAAUGUCUCACUCAAAGUCUUCAAUAGGGACAUGUGACCUAUUUCCUCCCCUUCCCUUGCCUUCACAUCUUAUACCAAUGGAUAGAGAGGCCAGAGUCUUAAGAUACAGAGAGAAAAAGAAGACAAGAAAGUUUGAAAAGAAAAUAAGGUAUGCCUCAAGGAAGGCCUAUGCAGAGACUAGACCCCGCAUAAAGGGUCGAUUUGCAAAGAGAACUAAUAAUGUAGAAGCUGAAGUGGACCAAAUGCUCUCCACAACACUAUUCACUGAAGUUGGAGGUAGCAUUUUUCCCUCCUUCUGAAUGGGGGAAAAAAUAAUGACCAAGACAUAGAAAGAGAAGGUUCAGAACCACAUCACUGGAAGGCUAAUUAGUUUGCUCUUAUUAUGUAUAUUUGUUUCCAUGUUUAUGCUCUAUAAAUAUAGUUCUUAUAUAAAGUUGCUAAACGA